AUGUCUUGGAAACCCAUCGCCCAAGCAUCCCAGACAAAUUUGUUGAAAUCGAUUCCAGGACGUUGGCGACUGGAUCUGCAUAAAUACAAGUCGCUGAAGGAUGUCACGAGCGUACCUUAUACCUGUGGCAUUCUGACUGAUGUCCAACUCAGAAUUACUGAACUCACAGCAGUUGAGAUAGUGAGGGGUCUUGAGGCCCGUGAGCUAAAAGCAGUACAGGUUUUAGAAGCCUUCGCUGCCCGUGCUGCCAUUGCUCACCAACUGGUCAAUUGCCUGACCGAUUGGUUCUUUGAAGAGGGUCUCCGGCAAGCAGAAGAGCUUGACGAUAUUCUCGACUCUGGCGGCAAAUUAAAGGGUCCAUUGCAUGGAGUUCCUAUUGCCAUAAAGGACUUCCACUUUCUCAAAGGUCAUUCCACAACAACGGGCUAUGUUUCAAAGAGAAACUUUGUUCCUCAGCAUGACUCUGCCCUGGUAGCCACGUUGCGUGCCGCUGGGGCAGUAUUCUUCUGCAAGACAACCAUGCCCCAGACGGGAAUGGCCCUUGAGACGGCCAGCAAUCUUUGGGGUCGGACCCUGAGCCCCUUCAACAUCGACCUAAGCUCCGGUGGCAGCUCAGGAGGAGACGCGGUCUUGGUCGCCAUGAGAGGCUGUCCCAUCACGCCCUCCACUGACAUGGGAGGAUCCAUUCGCGUACCAGCUGCUUUCAACGGACUAUACGCCAUUCGACCUACUGCAGACCGCGUGCCAAAAGGCGGCAUGGACAACAUCAACAGCACGGGGCAGACCACAAUUCAACUGUCCUGCGGGCCCAUUUGUCACUCCAUCGGCGACAUUGAGUUGCUUACGAGGGUCAUCAACGCGUACCCGCACAACAAAUAUGACGUUACCUGUGCACCAGUUCCGUGGAGGAACCUGGAUGCCUUGAAUGGCAAACUCGCCAUCGGAAUUAUGAAGUGGGAUGGUGUGUUCGACAUAUACUACCAAUCAGGGGCAGGGCAAACUUUAGCCGCUGUUGAAGCUUCCGGUGAACCACUUUUACCAGCCGUUGCGGACCUCAUCAAGGUUUACAACACGAGAGAGCUCUCCACCGUAGAAGCAUUGGGAUUGAACGUCAAAACCAGAAUCUUCAAAGAACGAUUCCGCGAUGCGUGGAGCGAGACGAUCCGCAGCACCACGACGAGCCGCCCUAUCGAUGCAAUCAUCUGCCCCCCAGCACCGUCAGUGGGCAUUCCUCAUAACUUCAACGUCUACUGGGGAUAUACCUCAUUGUUCAACCUCCUCGACUACCCCUCCGUAAUCUUACCGAUCCCCAAGUUCAAGAUCGACGCCCAGCAAGACCCUGUGGACGUCCACUACCAGCCGCUGGAAACGAAUCCUUAUGACAAGGCCAAUCAUGAUUUGUACGAUCCGAACCUAUUCUCGAACCAGCCGUCGACGAUCCAAAUUGUGGGACGCCCUUUUGAGGAUGAAGAGCUCAUUCGAGUAGCAUCAACUCUGGAUACACUACUACGGUCUACUUGA